AUGAUCAACGAAAAGGUUGCUUCCAGAUUGAUAUUUUGCGGCAAUCCACAUAACAAUUAUAUAAUACCGGACAAUAAUUUAGAUUCCAAUGAAAAUUCAAAGGGUGAUUUACCUGGUAUCGAGUCUACACUAGACUACUGGUACCCAAUGGAACAAAGGAGUAUAUCCAGUUUACUUGAGGAAUUCGAAUUUCUGUUGGAAAGGGCCAGAUUACUAGAUCUAGUUAGCAGACCAUUCCUAGAGUUUGUAAAUUCAGUGCUUAUAUACCUAUACCGGCAGAUCCAAAGGAAUGGAAAAUACAAAGAAUGUCUUGAGCAACUGGUAAGAGAUGCCUAUUUGGAGUGCAUAAAAUUGCCAAAAGAGGAAGGUUUAAACUCAAAAAUAAUUACAGAUUUGUCCCAAUUUGUCGCGCCCAAACUUAAUAUACGUGGCAUUAUUCCAUGUGAUUGCGAUGAGGCAAUUGACCUUGCAAAUAGUUAUUUCAAGAAGAGGGGAAUAUCCAAACCCGAUAUUCAGGCUAAAGUUGAGCAGAUCGAGAUGCUGGAAAAUAAGAUUUUGAUUUCAGAUAUGCAAGCUUUGGGGCACAUUCCCCUACUGUGUGAUAGGUACAUUGAUUGGCCCACAACUGAUUCAAAUCAUACCGAUAAAUUGACAGGAUUUACCUGCACAAAUACCAAACAUGCAUUACCAUCAACUACUAAUAGCACAUUACAUUGGUCUGAGAGAAAUGACUUUAUCACAUAUAUAAAAUCCACAAAUGCAAACUUAGUGAAACUUAUACGCUGUGCAAUAUCAUCUACACCAAUCCACUGCGUCUGGAUAUUUACCACAGGGCAGCUAAAUUUUGGCACAAUAAAAACCUCAAAAAGCGCAUUUCAGCCUAUUUUGGACAUGGUUCCUCUAGCAAAUGACACCUUCACUUGGUCUCAAUUCUCCGCCAUGAAGGAUAAAAUACAGCUCCUAUAUCCACUGGAACGAUUGCCUGAAUUCACUAAAAAUAAUUACAUUGACGGAUAUUUCAAAAUACUGCCACAAGUUGAAAAUUUUGAUGGUACAAAUUAUUCUCCCCUGAAGAUAAAAAUUGUCGGCCAAGACGGCUUUAAAUUCGAUGCCAAUGAACUGAAAAUAUCAACGGGUAUUGAGAAGGGCAUGAUCAACUAUAUAAACCUAGAAGAUCAAAAAUACGAGCUAAGUAAAGUAUGUGGAGUUGUAACAUUAAAAGCAGAUAUUACAGAAGAUAAUAAACAGGUUAUAAUUGAUAAAAAUUGCUAUCCAAGUAUAACACCCAGAUAUACCAUCUCCCUAAAUAGCAACGUCGCUUCCACAAUACAGAUUAGCGAUCUAUUGGAUAAAUGCGCAGAAUUUGGCAUUAAGAACUUGACUUUCAUAGUUGAAAGUUGUAAUUUGGCAUAUACAUUGGCCAAAUCACUCUGUGUUGGCUUGGAGAAGAGGGCCCAGUUUAAUGUGGCUCCUUGGUACAACAAGUACUUUGGAAUCCACAUCCACAUAAUGAAUAUGGGUUCCAAUUUGGAGGAAAUAAGUGAAUUUUUGGACCAAAGGACACUGAUUUACUGA